AUAAUUUUCGACACUUGACCGUAUAGCGUUGCGUACGUGCGUACAGCAUUAAACACACAGCAUUGCUAUUUGCUAGAUAAUCCUCGAGAAACUUCUCGUCGGUCUAUUAAUUUUACGUCUUAAGUCUAGUCUGCAUCGGAAAUCCAAAAUCGUAAUCUGAAGAUUUUACUAGUAGACGUGGUAAGGUGUUUGUCACACAUUCCUGUUUCUGACGAUGAUUUAUUCUGAGGACGGUGACGGGAUGACGCAAGAGGUUUUCCAAGCGAUAUUCGUCAACGACUUUGACGGACUCCAGAAGAUCUACGCUAAACACAACUUGAGCACAGAUAUAUUGGACGAACAUGGCAUGACGCCGCUCCAACAUGCCGCGUACAAGGGCAACGAGCAAAUCGUUCGUUGGCUGUUGAACAGGGGUGCUGAUGUUAAUUCAGGGAAACACAAGUACCGAUACACUGCCCUUCAUUUUGCUGCACUCAGCGGCAACCCCGUGGUGUGCAGUUUGCUGUUGGCCGCCGGUGCCAAAAGUGAUUUGACAAAUACCGUUGGACGCACAGCUUCACAAAUGGGUGCUUUUGUUGGCAAUCACAACUGUGUGGCGGUAAUCAGCAAUUAUGUACCAGAAGACGAAGUUACUUGUUACACAUUAUCAGACUCAAAUGACAAUGAACCAAAGUUACCUCCAGAGUUAGCCCAACCUGUUCACAAAUUUAUUAUGAUGACCAACAUUCAUCCAGUGAAAGUGGCUCUAGAAAUACCUCCAGUUUUCCUGGUUGAUAAUAACGCUUUAAAAAUUUACAAAGUGUUAAAUUUGAUGUGCGAGCGAGAAAUUAAUAAACAACUAGAGACUAAUGAAGUGAUGGCUUUUAAGUUUCAUUAUUUAGCUAGCAUUCUAAUUGAAAUUGCCAAGUACAAUGAUUUAAAAAGUGAAAAACAGUCAGAUCCAAAAGAAGUAUUCAUUAAGAAAAUAUUGAAGAGUGAGAUUUAUUCGGAACAAUUUCUUAAGGAUUGCAUUAGAAUGUUUCCAUUUAGGGACUGUACAAUUUUCAGACAGAUGGUCACUAGUUUGACACGAGUUAAAGAUGGCAUGACAGCACUCAAUGUUAUACUGGUAAUGAUUGGAAAUAGACGUGGUAUGGGUAUAGAUUCGUUUGGUGAAGAACGCAUAUGUGGUACAUGUGCUGAAAAUAAUGCCUCCAAAAAAUGUGCUAAAUGCAAAGCUGUGCAAUAUUGUGACCGUGAGUGUCAACGCAUUCAUUGGUUUGUUCAUAAAAAGGAGUGUAAUAGAGAGGCCAGUAAUAAUGGUGCCUUACAAACACCUAUAGACAGUUCACAUGUAGCUGAAAGCUUAUCUGGACUAGGGAUAAAAUAAAUUUUAGCCAAAACAACACAACUUAAGUAACAUUAUGAAAUAUAUAUGCAUUAAUUAUAUAUGUAUGUAUAAAAUAUUAAACGAUUGAUUGACAGCAUAUGUUAUA